AUGGAUGACCCACUCCAAAAACUCCGAAGCGGCUUGUCGGAGCGGAUGUACGCGACGCGUCCCGACUUUCCCGUCACGGGACUUGAAGCUCGCAGGCUCGCUUCAUCGAUCUUCUUUGUUUCUCUCCUCUUGCCUGCAAGCCUGUGCAGCCGUGACUUCCUCAAGGACGAGAAUGCUCCUCCAGAAGACUCAUAUAGCCAACUCAACAAUGCCGGUCAUGUCGAGACGCACAGUCAGAAAAGCAGGGAUUCUAUUGGCAGAAUACAAGGAAGCCAUAGAUCUAGCAUCGGCAAGCUCCUAACUUUGAGCAUGAACGGCUUGGAAGACAGGACGGCAGGUGCUAUUGGCUGGGAUGGGUAUCGAGCGCCACGCAAUCCGGACAAUCAUUCUCAUGCUGUUGAAUGUGAACUGUGGUAAGGAGAUGACAAUGGGUUAAGCAAACAAUCGAUGAACUGUCGCGAGGCGGGGC